AUGAAGGAUCUUGGUCUUUUGCGGUAUUUUCUUAGUAUUAAAGUUGCUUCUUCUCUAAAAAGCUAUUUUCUGUCUCAGGGUAAGUAUGUUAAUGAGGUCAUUCACCGUGCUGAUCUUAUUGAUACUAAGGUUUCUGAUACACCUACUGAGCUUAAUGUGAAGCUCAACUUUACUGAUGGUGUCCCACUGGAUGAUCCCACUGGAUAUCGCGAGCUUGUGGGUUGCUUAGUUUAUCUGAGGGUUACUCUUAUUGAUUUUGCCUAUGCUGUGCAUGUGGUUAGCCAGUUUGUUUCUGCUCCUCGCUCUCCACAUUGUGCUGCAUUUGUUCAGAUUCUUCGCUAUCUCCGAGGUGCUAUUUUUCAGGGUUUACUAUUGUCCUCUACUUCCUCUCUGGAUUUAGUGGCCUAUGCUGAUUUUGAUUGGGCUGGUGAUGUUAUUGAUCGCAAGUUCAUGUCUAGUUUCUAUAUGUUUCUUGGCUAUUCCUUGAUCUCUUGGAAAAGAAUGGAUGCAACCAAAUUGGGGAAUCCUAAUUCAUACAAAAAGGCAGGAGGUUCUGCUCAAACUCGAUUGACUGAACCAUUCAACUCAGAGAGUAAGAUAGAUGAAUUUUCCAGUGCCAAAGUUGUAGAGAGCAAAAUGGAUGAAAUUCAGCCUGACAAGGAGCAGAUGCAGACAUCAAAACUGAUUGCUGGUUCAGAAACCAAGCAAGCAAAGGGAUUGCUACCAGAAGGCUUUUUUGAUGACAAAGAUGCUGAUCUACGUGCACGCGGCAUUACGCCUGUUAAGCUAGAUGUCAAGUAA